AUGAAGUUCUCUGUCUCUCUGGUCUCCCUCGUCGCUGCUGCGUCAUCUGUGGCUGCUCAUGGAGUGAUCACUACUCCUAGUCCUCGCGUCGUUGGCGCUGCGAAUCAGGCUGCUUGUGGUACGGGUGCUUACACCGUCCUCAAAAGUGACAAAGCUGGGCCGAUCGAGAAUGCAGUUGCCAAAAUUGAUUCUUCUUUCGACGCUCAGGCCUGUCAACUGUUCUUCUGCAAAGGCUAUCAGUUGGAGGACAAUAUUAAAAACACCCGCAAAUACGCUCCAGGAACUGUAGUGCCAAUCCACGUUGACCUCAUCGCCCAUCACACUGGCUCGGCCGUCAACCUCGCCACUCAAAAGACAAUCGGAAAGCCGCUGUUCUUGUGGCCAGUUUACGCCAACGACUCCCUCGGGCCUUCCGCUUGGCCUAAGAACGAGACCGAUUUCGAAAUCACGAUCCCAGAUUUGGGAUCUCAAUGUUCUACCGUUGGAGCCUGCGCUAUUCAAUGGUGGUGGUAUGCGUCGAAGGUCAGGCAGACCUACGAAAGCUGCAUCGACUUCACUCAGUGA